AUGAUUUUCACUCAAUCAGAAUAAAAACAUGCGGCGAAAGUACUUCGGUAUGUAAUUGAGAUACUUCAAAAAAGUGUUUUACAAAACAAUAAUGAAUACAGUAUUUUAGAAAAAUAGCAAAUAGAUACAGAAAUAAGUGAAAGCUAUUUUCUAAAACAAUUUGAAAAUGUCUAAAAAUCAAUGAAACAUCGUUAAUUGUUAUUGACACAAAAAUCAAAAUUGUAUUGUCAAACAUGAGUGACAAGCAGAAAGUUCUCAUUUGCGGUGACGUGGAAGGGCAUUUUAAGUUCCUCUUCUCCAAAGUAGAAGCUAUCAACAAGAAAAGCGGUCCAUUCGAUUUUUUGUUAUGUAUCGGCAAUUUCUUCGGCGAGGACAACUCCGAAUUGGAGUUGUACAAGUCCGACAAGAAAGCCAUCCCCGUACCGACGUACAUUAUCGGUCCCAAUCGGGAGUCGAAUCUGAAGGACUAUCCCGAUGAGGAUGGAUACGAGAUAUGUCAGAAUCUCACAUAUCUCGGAAAGCGUGGUCUGUACAUUGCUAGUUCUGGUCUCAAAAUAGCGUAUCUCAGUGGAAUUGAGAAAGCCUCGCCAGAGAGCAACGCUAUUCACUUCGACGAGAACGAUGUUAUGUCUGUCAGGAACAGUUGCUUGAAGGGCCAACCAAGUUUUCGUGGCGUUGACAUUUUGUUGACUUCCCCCUGGCCAGAAGGCGUCACCAAUCUCGACGCUAACAAGCCGGAAUGCAAGUACGAGGGUUCCAAGUUAAUCGCCUGGCUUGCUACUCACAUUAAACCUAGGUACCAUGUUUCAGCCUUGGAAGGGAUUUAUUACGAACGAUCUCCGUAUCGAAAUCAAAGCCAGGGUGACGGAAAUAUAGAAAUAGCCACUAGAUUCAUAGCUCUUGCGCCAAUAUUGAAUGAACAGAAGAAGAAAUGGCUGUAUGCAUUAAAUUUAACUCCUGUUGAUAGAACCAGGCUGUCAGAUCUAGUUAUGCAAACAACAGAUGAGACAUCAAGUCCAUAUCCCAAAUCUAUGCUGUCUGAUGAUCCAGCUUCGCAAAAGCAGGUCCACACGCAAUUCUUCUAUGACAUGGAUUCAAAAGAUACUGGAAAGAGGUCGUGGCAUCAGAACAGUGGUUCCAAGAAGGCAAAGCAAGAAUUUGACCAGUCAAAAUGUUGGUUCUGUUUAUCCAGUCCAGUGGUAUCCAAGCACCUGGUGAUCUCUGUCGGCACAGAGAUCUACUUGGCACUGGCAAAGGGUGGUCUGAUAGAGGAUCAUUUCUUAAUUCUACCAGUAACGCAUCAUCAGAGCCUGUCGAUUCUACCGAAAGAUGUGAAGGAAGAGAUGGAUCUCUACAAGAAAGCUGUGACCAAAUACUACGAGAGUACCGACAGAGUACCCGUGUUUUUCGAGAGAAACUUCAAAACGUCUCACUGUCAAUUGCAAGCGGUACCUGUUCAUAAAAAUCAAGCACCCGCAUUAAAGGAAAUGUUUGAGGAACUGGCCGAAUGUAACAAUUUCAAAAUGUCGGAGCUGCCAUCACACACAGAUUUGCAGCAGGUCGCUAAUCCAGGCGUUCUCUAUUUUUAUGUAGAAUUACCGGAUGGAGGAAUUUUAUAUUAUAGGAUCAAGAAAGACUUCCCCUUACAAUUCGGCAGAGAAGUAUUAGCGUCCGACAGAAUAUUGGAUCUCAACGACAGAUCCGACUGGAAAGAUUGUCAUAUGAGCCAGGAGGAAGAGACUGAAUUAGCAAAGAAAAUUAGAAAACAAUUUGCACCAUUCGACAUAGAUACUUGAAAAUAUUCAUAUUAUUCAUGUUUUAUAAGCAUAAUAUACGUACAUUAGUGUAUAUAUCUCUGUAGAAUAUGUAAUUGUAAUUAAACUUUUAUGUAACUUAUUUUCUUUAA